AUGUUUGGGAAAUUCUACACUUAUUCCUCUAUCAAGUGGACAUUCAUCGCCGCUAUCACGAUCUUUGAAAUAGGUUCCCUCGUCUGUGGAACAGCGCCCACUUCAAAUGCACUCAUUAUCGGACGUGCGGUAGCAGGUAUUGGUAGCGCUGGCGUCUUCUCAGGAGCUCUGGUCAUCAUUGCCCACUCUGUACCUCUGCGUAAACGACCCAUGUUCACUGGGAUCAUCGGAGCCAUGUAUGGACUGGCGAGCGUUGCAGGACCGUUACUGGGAGGUGUAUUCACGGACAAAGUCACCUGGAGAUGGUGUUUCUACAUUAACCUCCCGAUUGGUGCCGUUACUCUUUUGGUCAUUGCGCUUUUCUUCACCGCUCCCCGUCGCCCCAAAUCGAGUCACAUAGAGAACUGGCGAGAUGGUCUGAAGAAGUUCGAUUCGUGGGGCACAGUGGCCUUCCUGCCGGCUGUCAUCUGCUUACUUCUCGCUUUGCAAUGGGGCGGCACCACCUACCCGUGGCGUAAUGGCCGGAUUAUCGCUCUUUUCGUCAUCUUCGGUGUCCUUAUCACUGUCUUCGUUGGAAUUCAGGUUUGGAAAAAGGAUGACGCGACGGUUCCUCCACGAAUCUUGACCCAACGCAGUAUCUUCGCCGGCUCGUUGUUCGCGUUUUCUCUAGGUGCAUCGUUCUUUAUCAUGGUCUACUUCAUCCCUAUCUGGUUUCAGGCGAUCAAAGGAACCUCCGCUGUCGGGUCUGGAAUUGACAGUCUCCCAAUGAUCCUAUCCGUCGUCGUUGCCUCUCUCGUCUCCGGAGGCAUAAUUUCCGUCACUGGGUAUUAUACUCCUUGGAUGAUUCUUGGAAGUAUCCUAGCCUCAAUCGGCGCGGGUUUGAUUUCUACCUUCAAGCCCGACACGACAACCGGAGCAUGGAUUGGAUUCCAGAUCAUAUAUGGUGCUGGUAUAGGGUCUGGCAUGCAACAACCCCUCAUGGCCGCACAGACUGUCUUACCCCUUGUAGAUGUACCGAGCGGUACCGCCAUCAUUGUAUUCAUGCAAACCAUCGGAGGCGCCAUCUUCAUUUCUAUUGCGCAAAAUGUCUUCACGAACAAGUUGGUAUCUGGAGUUCUGAAGAACGCUCCUGGAAUCGACCCUGGCCUUGUCGUCGGAGCAGGCGCAACCGGGAUCAAGAACGCUAUCCCACAGGAGCAUUUUUCAGCAGUGGUCAGUGCAUAUAAUCUAGCGCUGGUGAAUGCUUUCUAUGUCGCCACUGCGAUGUCAUGCCUGACUUUCGUCGCUUCGUUGGCUGUGGAAUGGAGAAGUGUGAAGAGCGGAAGUGGGCCGUCCGCGAUGCAUGCCGCUUAA